AUGUUUCUUCUUCAGAGUUCAUUUUAUGGAUUGUUGUCAGUGGUGGCAGGAAUGAAGCAUCUUUUCUACUUUCCACCUUUAUUUCUCUUUCUUUUACAUUUUUCUUUCUUUUCUUUCAAGUUUUCUUUAAUUUUCUUUAUUACAUUUCUAUAUAUUUUAUAUAGUCUUUUACUUCCCACCUUUAUUUCAUCUUUUUCUUUUUUUGUACUUUUCUUUCAAGUUUCUUUUUUUCUUUAUUUUUAUACAGUUUUUAUUCCUCAUUCCCUUUUUUCUUUUCUACUCAUUCAUUUGCUUUUCACUCCUCCAUAUCUUUUUCUUUCUUUUUCUCUCACUCUUUCCUUUGUUCUUUCUUUUCCUAAAUAUGAAACUACUAAAGAAACACAAUAUUCUUUUCAUAUCCUUUCUUUUUAUCUUUCUUUUUACUCAUUUUCUCUUCCUUUUCUCUAUGCUAAAUAUAUUCUCCCUUUUUUUCUUUUUUUUUACUCAUUUUUUCUUUUAUUUCUCUCCCUUUUCGCUUUCCUAAAUAUAUUAAUUCCUCUUUUUUCUUUCUUUCUUUUACUCUCAUCCUUUUCUCUUCAUUCUCUCCUUUUUCUCUAUGCUAAAUAUAUUCUUCCAUUUUUAUUUCUUUCUUUCUGUUUCUUUUUACUCAUUUUCUCUUUUUUUCUCUAUGCUAAAUAUAUUCAUUCCUCUUUUUUCUUUCUCUCUGUUUCUUUUUACUUAAUCUCUCUUUUUUCUCUCCCUUUUCUCUAUGCUAAAUAUAUUCUUGUUUCUUUUUGUUUCUUUUUAAUCAUUUUCUCUUUUUUCUCUGCUUUUCUUUCUUUCUGUUUCUUUUUACUUAUUUUCUCUCUUUUUUCUCUCUCCCUUUUCUCUAUGCUAAAUAUAUUCAUUCCCUUUUUUUCUUUCUAUAUGUCUCUUUUUACUCUCUGCCUUUUCUCUGCUUUCUUCAUACAAACUGUGCUUACACUUUCUUUUUGUCAUUCUUUUUCUUUUUACUUAUAUUGUGUUCUUUAUAACUUUUUUCUAUCAAUUUUUUAUUCAUAUUCUUCUUCUUUUUUUCUUUCUUUCUAUUUCUUUUACUCAUUUUCGUUUUUUACCAUUUUCUCUAUGUUAAAUAUAUUUCUUCCUCUUUUUUUUAUUUUUAUUCCAAAUGUUUCUUUUAUUCAAAAUUUAUGGCGGCCAUUUUUUUGA